AAUCAAAAGAAAAAACCUUUCGCAAUACAUAUUGCGAUUGGCUUGUAGGGCAUCUACUCUUUCAGCAAGUACAUUCCUUUAAAGUUACUGUGCAUCUAGUAGACUUGUAUAAAUGCAAUUCAAACCCUUGCUCAUGCUGGUUGCACUCACUAAAAGCUGUUGGUUACAUUUGGUAACCCUUAGUCUUGCUUCCCAUCCUCACCGCCCCUCCCCAUACAAUGAUCUCUUAUAGUAAAGCCUACUUCCCGUUCCAUGCAGAAAGAAAAUAUAUUGCCGUGAUGUACACGGUACACCCUUUCUCAUAUCAUAUGAGCAUAAUGAACUCAUUAAGACUGGUUUCAUUUAUUUCUUUCAAAAAUUAUUUUAAGUAUUAAUGCUAUAAUUAUCAUAAUUAUCUUUAUUAUAUUUAUGAUCAUCAUUUCCAUCCGUCAUAGAACUCAACGGGAAAAUUUAACUCCAACAAACAUUUUAACCUUCAAUGUCAGUAGGCCCCAAAUUUAGGUGAAUUCGGGAAACAAAUUGUAGAACUUAGCAUAAAAACGAAAAAAAAUAAAAAACACACAGGGGUACACAAAAUAAAAAAUUGAAAACAAAAGGCCGAGAGAGAAGAGGGGGGAAAACGAAAGAGGGAGGGAGAGAGCGGACGUAUUCUCUUUUUGGCUCUUCAGCGAUCGAUAGAGAGAGCACGAGAACGAGAGCUCAAUCCAAUCCUCCAGGCUACAGCCUUCCACUAGCGAGGAAGAGAGUCGACGUAGCGAAGAGGGACCGAGGAGAGCCCAAAGCGAAGCAGAAGCAAAGACAAGAGAGAGAUACAGAGAAUUCGAGCUUCUCUCUGUGCUCGGUGAUGCACUUCGAAUCCCUGUCUCCCUCCCCAGUUCGAGCUCCCAAAGAGUACGGAAUCGAUCUAUGGAAGCUCCUUCACGACCAAUUCGUCAGUAAAAUGAGAGCUUUUUCGAGCUCUGGCCCGCCAAGUUGGGUGCUCCUCUAGCUGGUCCCGUUCCCGUUAGGGUUUGGAUCCCGCCGGAUCGGAAUUCGGUUAUCCGGCCAGGGUUUUUGGAGAAGUUCGAAUUUGAGAUCUUUGUUCGUGGGCCUUCCUAUCCCGGCUUAACCUAGGGUUUAUGCCCCAGAGAUGAGAUUUUUGCCUGCAUUGUUCUGGUCGAGCAGUAGGGAAUUGGUUUGAGCUCAUUUACUUGUAGAAGGAAAAGCAAAACCCUAACUUUGAAUUGGGAUAGAGGAUAGAGAGAACCAGAGGAGAACCCUAAUUCUGUUGAUCUGGUGAAUUAUAUGGCUGCCCUGCAUUGAGAGAUGCUGCCACCACCGUCACCACCCGCCGCCCGGAUCAAUCUCAGCAGCCUCAAGUUGCAGAUAGCCAACAAGCUCGGCCCUGAGCGAGCCCAGCAGUAUUUUGGUUACCUGAAUCAGUGGCUGUCCCAGAAGCUGAGCAAGCUUGAGUUCAACAAGCUCUGCCUUUUGAUCCUCGGACGGGAGAACAUCCCAUUGCACAACCAGCUCAUCCGCUCGAUCCUUAAGAAUGCCUUUAAUGCCAGGACCCCACCCCAUGUUAAGGCCACCACGAAGCCCAUUGGAAGUACAGGGAAGAUAUCCCCUCAAGGAGAUGAUAGAAUUAAUAGGAAACGUGCUUCUUCAACUCCACAGCCGACUAUUUGGUCCAACGGGGACAUCUUGCCACCAUCACCUCGCAAGGUCAGGUCUGGCAUUCGAGACCGGAGAAUCAAAGACCGCCCAAGUCCUCUUGGACCCAGCGGGAGGGCAGAUGUUGCUGCCCACCAAUCUGUAUUACCUUCUGAUGAAGAAGCUGUGAGGGAGAAUGGCAUUUUGGGUCCUUGCGAUUUGAAGAGACCCAUGCAGCAUCAAAGUGGGCCUGCAGAGCGGCAAGCAAAGAGACUUCGGGUGGAGAAUUUGUCACCGCAUGAUCGGGCCUCUGUACAUAGCAAGGGUCAGGUUGAAGUGGGUGUUGUGGAAGAUGGGGAGGAGGUCGAACAGAGUAAUGAUUUGAACUCCAAGAGAGGUCCUCUUCAGGCUCCACUUGGGAUACCAUUCUGUCCUGCUAGUGUUGGUGGGCCAUGGAGAUCUGUACCAUUGGUAACUAGCACUAGCACUGAUAGCUCUAGGAGCAACCGUGAUGAUGGUGAGCUAUGUCAUACUGAGGCCUUGAAGAAAUGGAUGGAAAAAAUAGCAGAGUCACAGGCCUUGGGAGGGGUGACGAUGGAAUGUGCUAAUUUAUUGAAUAAGGGGUUAGAUGCUUACUUGAAGAACCUGAUUAGAUCAUGUGUUGAGCUAGUAGGAGCAAGGUCAGGACAUGAAUCAAUGAAGCAUCUGGUCUACAUGCAGCAACAUGUAGUGAAGUCUAUUAAUGGUUUUUGGGCAGGAAAUCACAUGCAUGUACAGAGUAAUGGUGGGUCUUCAGCGGGUACACAUGCUAUGAGAAACUUGUCUCCAAUAUCUCUACAGGAUUUUAGGGUGGCGAUGGAGCUAAAUCCACGACAUCUUGGUGAAGACUGGCCAUUGCUGCUUGAGAAAAUAUGCUUCCAUCCAUUUGAAGAAUAAGGCAGUUCCAUAUCAAGUUUUUUGGAUCAAUGAAAUUGUUGUUGGGUGGAUGUCUAACAGCCUCAAGGGGUGGCCUUUGGGCCAGUCUGAACGUAACUGAACUCAGAUUAUUGGAUCUCCGCUCUGGUGAAAGUCAUCAGAGGUUAGAACCAAAAUUUUUGUAAAGUCAUGGGCUUGCUUGAAGAUCAUAUUCCUUAAAUCAGUCCAUCUGAAGGACAGUUUUUUUUUUAAUCCCCCUGUUUGGUGCAUUUGUUGUACGUCUUAGCAUCCAUGAUGGGGAUAUCUUCCACCACAUCCAGUGAUCUCAAGCCUUUACAUAACAGCAAAUGUGGAGGAAAUCAGUUUUGCAGGAAUAUUGAUAUGUUACUUGGUAUAGGUAUAAUCAUGUCAUGUAGGUCUUUCGGGGUCUUGGUCUUUAUAUUAUUAAUUGCAUAAAUUGCUUGGGUGGUUUUAAUAGUGGUAGCCUCUUACCAUUUCAUGGAUUGUUUCAGAAGAUUACAUUUGAAUUAUCUAAUCAAGUGAUACAUAAGAAGUCAAGUAUGUGGAAGAAUGCUAUGUAUGUUCUCAGCUUCCAAUUUUAUAUAAUUGCCUUCUUUUUUACAUUCUUCUAGGCUCUUCUGUCAUACUUCUGUAGUAUUUAUUGAGAUAUUUUUGAUGUGUAGCAUCUUUAGGGGAAAUAUGAUUUCUUAAAUAAAAUUACUCACUAUUUCAUACUUUGACUUCAUCUCUGCUGAUUUGUAUUAUGUAUUAAGAAUCAUAACAUGCUUCUUGGGUUUGUGUUGUUAUAUGUUUAUGGAGACUUUUAUAUUGUCAUAUAGUUUUCAGCAUUUGGGAGCAUUUAAAGAAGUUAGCUCACAAAAUUCAUCUUGGUGGCAAUACCAAUCCAUGGAAGUGCCUUACCAAGAGUAUAGCUUUAAUAAUGAUGAAGACACAUUUUUUUGUACAGAUAAUCCUCUUCUUUGGCUUACCUAAAUAAUCUUAUAUCAUCCACAACAUGCAUAGCUGUAUGGACAUUAAACUACAUGAUGAAUUGGAAAACCCUGAUAUACUAAUUUGACUGCCCAACUUUAAACAUUAUUAUACAAUGUUACAGAUAGCUGUGUGUAUCAUCCAAGUAAUGGUGUAUGUUUAUCAUUUUAGGGUUGUAAUCUGGUACAUAUCUAUACAAUCAAUACCCAAAACGAUACUCUAACCAUAAUCGUUGCUUAUAUAGUGAACUAUAAUAUGCAAGAUGCAGAAAACCUUUCAAAGAUGCUCUAUAUCAGAACUAGGUAGAGUAUGAAUUUUCUGUUGUAACCCUCAUAUACAAUAUUUACUCAAACAAGAAAUCAUAUGUUAUAUGAACUGUUAAAAACUUAGAUAAAUACAUAUACAUGCACACACACAUAUAUACGAACCAGGGUUAACAAUAAAUUUUAGAUGCAUUUUAUAUAAUCAAAUUAAAAUCGUGCAUCAUACAUAAUCAAAUGAAGGUCAAAAAUAAAUUUAAUGAUAAUUUCUUCAUUUUUUAUUUUAUGUACUAUUUCUUGAAAAUUUUAAUUUCUUUUGCUCAAGAAUAACAUUGCUCACUGAAUUUGCAAUAUUGCUUUGCUUAUUGUAUCAAAUAUCAAAUCACAAAGUGAUAUGGAGCAAUUUUGUGAGUUAUAAUUCACAUUAUUGCUUUCUUUUUUAAAAAAAUAAAGCAUUUUUUCAUGGCAUAUUGGUUAUAUGCAUUUUAUUAUAUAAACUAUAUAUAUGUCAAACCUAAACAUCUCAAACUGAUACAUUGCUAUAUAAGAUCUUAGGGCGCAUUUGGUUCAUAAUCGGAAUUGAAAUCGGAAUCAGAAUGGAUUAGAAUGGGAAUCGGAAUGGGCUAUAUUCUCUGAUGCAUGGUAUGCUGAACCGACCGGAAUCGGUCGGUUCAGCCUGUACCGAAUCGGUGCCUAUUGGCACCGGUCUGGUACGGCGUAUAAUUUUGGUUCCGACCCAAGGCACCGAUCCGGUACGAAAGGGGUCGGAACCAAAUGGUUCCGUGUCUACCGGUGAGAACCGGCUCGGUUCGCACCGGUACAUACUCAUACGGGUGCGAACCGGCCUAGUUCGCAUGGUACAAACUGGUAUUGGUGCGAACCAGGCCGGUGCGAUCGCACCGGCCCAAGCGCGGGCGCCCGCGCGGUUCCCCACACGCGGGGCAACGCGCCCGAGUGGGCGCAUAGCACGGGAUAUUCAAUUAAUGCCACUCUAUGGCAUUUAAUGCGGAUGCGCGCACGUCCGCGCGGUUUUUUUUUCCGUCGAUACAGUACCGGUUCGGUUCGGUACUAUACCGGUACUGACGCCCACCGCUAUGUCGGUACGGUGGAUCUUGUUCUAACGUGUUUGGUUUGUGUCCAGAAUCAGAAUCGGAAUUGAAUUUGAAUACUAGGAAAGAGUAGGGAUUGAGUUUUGGAGGAUUGGAGCAUUCUCAUUUCCUCCUGGAAUCAAAAUGGGAUGGGACUCUCCUCAACCAAAUAGUUCAAAUGGGAGUCGCUCAUUUUCCAUUUUCGUUCUAGAGUUCAACUUUCCCCAACCAAACAUGCCCUUAAUGUUUAACCUUAAACAAGACCUUUGAGAUUGAGAAAAGUUUCACAACUAGCUUUCAAACAGAAAGAAAGGUGCUAAACUUUUACUAGGUCAUCCUUUGAAAAGUGACGAACCUGCCACAAAAUAUAAGGUCCCUUUAGGUGGGUGUGGAUAUUCAUCUUGCCAUUGUGAAGUUUGGGAUGAUAUGAUCAAGAGAAAAAACCUUCCAGGUCUCCUAGACUUGGAAAGAAUCUAGAAAAUGAAAGAAGGCAAGGAUCAGUAGUGGAAAUUGCAUUCAUUACAGGGCAAGAAUUAUUGGCCAAAUUCCAAUUAGGAAUGCACUUUAAGUAAUAAUAGGGUUUCUGCACACAUAAUUCUAGCAGUUUAUAUCAUUAUAUGUAUUUUAUUUUAUGUAUAUGUAUAUAUAUGUUAUGUAUCGGUAUUGAUGUAUUUUUGUAUGCAUAUCUCCAUCUGUUUGUGUAUGUAUACACCAUCUUUCUAUAUAUGUAAAUAUAUAAAAUUAAAGGUAGACACAUACAUCAUACUAAACAUAGGAAGAUGGAUAGAUACUAACAUAUGUAUAUAUAUCUAUGUACCUAUGAAUAUUCGACACAUUAUCCAUAUUGUAUGCCUCUGCAUGUAUGCAUCACAAUAUAUAAUGUAUGCUUAUAUACAUAAUCACAUCCAUAUGGGUCUUAUUAACCAACUUAAAAGGUGGCUUCCUUGUUCAGAGCAUAUUUUCGAGCUUAGAUGGUUUAUAUUUUCAGCAAGGUUGGCAAAGUUAGUUUUAGUUUUGUUCUCCUUUAGAUCAAAUGAGUUUUGCUUCAGCAACUUUAGUGGAUUUGGUUGCUAUUUAAGUUCUGGCUCCAAUUUUGACCAUUUUAUCUAAAAAUCUAAAGAGGCAAUUACAACUAGGAAAAAUUGAUAAAGAAACAAAAUACGUAAACAAUAACAUUUAAAAUAUAUUAUAUCGUCCGGACCUUUGGAUUUCUCAUAUUGAGGGUUUAACACUAUGACAGACAAUUUUUUCCUGAAAAAUACAAUUUUGGACAUGUCUAGGGUAUAAUAUGUCAUUUCCCAAUUGAUGGCUAUAUAAGAAAUGAAAUAGAAGUGGCUAUGAGUUACAAGCUCUAGCAUAGUCGAACCUUUUAUAAAAAAAUCCUUUAAAUCUCUUUAGAGCCUAAUGUUCUAAGUAUGGUUGUCCGAACUAUCUCGAAUCGGGCAGUUUGGGCCGUAGUAAACCGAACCGGUCAAGAAUCGAAACAGUUUGGGCGGUCUGGAUGGUUUGGGCCUUAGUAAAAACCACGAUUUCCUCUUGUGGUCCAGAUUUUGCAAUCUCUCUCCCUCUCCCACCAUCUCUAUCUCUCUCCUCUCCCCUCGUCUAUUGUUCUGAUCUUUGCCUCUCGUCAGCACACUACGUCUCCAUCUCUUGAUGAAGGUCCUCUCGCACCAAAGGAGUGCAAGGGUUCCACCCUUCAAAACCCUCACUCAAUCCUUAUAAGCACCAGCUGUUGUGAAUCUCCAAGGAGAACGUUGACCAUAGCCCCACCCCAUCGGAAUCCUCCCCCUUCUGGUCGCCUUCCAUUUCCAGAAAGCCCCUUGCCGCAAAGAACCGAAACCUACCCCCCUCCCCACAUGGUCGCCACUCUCCUUAAACCACGGAGGCAACCCUCUCAAGUGGAUUAACGCUAAGAGAUGCUAGAACAGGCAAGGAAUACAGGUGGGAAGGUAAGGAAGUCUUUAACUUCUGGGGUAUAUCCAUUCGCUGAGCUCAGGAUGAAAAUUAUACAUGAUGUCAAGUUCAGCUCAAGACGAUCGCUCAAUUGCACCUUCGCGCACCAUUUUUCUGAGCUGCUUAGCUAGUGUAGCAUCUAUUCAUCAUUGAUAAUUUUUUCUGUUCUAGACUGACCCAUUGACCUGGAAGCUAAUCUUGAAAACCUUACCUACCUGAAUGGGGUUCCAACCUCCGGGCCUUAGAUUUUGGUGUUUAGGUACGUCAUUAUUAUGUUAGAAAACGUAUCCCUCUUUCUCCCCUUCUUUCCGACCUCCUAGGGUUUAGGGUUAGGAUUUUCUCUCCCUCCCUCUCCAUCUCUCUCUCUCUUUCUCUCUCUCUCCCCUCCCCCUCCCUAUUUUGGUACGCCUCAUCAAGUACCCGACCCAACCUAACCCUAAUGGGGUAGAUUUUACUUGAUCCGCAUCGGAUACGGAGCAUGUAUAGAUAAUGGUAAAACCCGCCCCAAACUCGACCUGAGUAUAUAUAACUCUUCACAAAUUUCUUCCUUGAGGCAAAAAAAUUUUUGAUUUGUAUGCAAAAAAAUGAUUUUUGUAGGUUACCUUGGUUCCUAGGCUUCCAGAAAAUCUAAGUUCAAUCUAAAGAAAAUGCUACCCAAUAUUCAGAGAAACAAAGAAAUCACAGAACAUUGGCUUAAAUAGACUAUAUACACAAUAAAUGUGGUUCUAUAAGUCCAAUCCUGAAACUGAACAUAGUUUUGGAUCAAUUCGCUGAAACCAAAAUAUUCUGGUUCAACUGUGGAGCUUCAGGUGCAACAUCAAAUCAUGCUUUGCAGGGUUUGCUUUGUUUUCUCGUACAUUUAUUUUAAUUUAUUCUCCUAAUUGUUGUCAAAGUUCUAUUGAUCUAUUGCUGAAUGAUUAAGAAUGCAAAAUUGAGUGAAAUAUAAACCUGAAGAGGAAAUCACAUUUUGUCUUUCGACUUAUGAUUUAGUUUGCUACAAAGGUCUCCUGUUGCUAUCUUUUUUUGAUGGAAGAUCUCCUGUUAUUAUUAAUCUUCAAGUCAAUCAGAAGCUCUCGUAAGACAAAAUUCUGUUACCAUAUAGUCUAUUGUGCAAAAGUUUCAUGCAAAGUAGGGCAAUGUGUCACAGAAGUUGAAAUGUUAUUUAUAUGCAAAAAGGAAGAAGCAUAUGGUAAUCGUAAUAAAUAGUUGUAAAGGUACGUUGAUGAUACAUGCAUGUGUAUACUCUAUGAUUUCUUAGUGAAAAAAAUGGCCCUUUAUGAUGCUAUAUGGCAUUUAGAAGAUUUAAUCCAAACUUGAUAAAGUAAUUGGGUUCAAGUUCAUAUACAUCCAGUGCUCAUUUCUCUUUAGGUUUUUGGAUUCUAAUCCAUUAUCAAAUACAAAGCGGCUCUUCAAUGUAUCUUCUAGAAAUAUUGUUUCCUGUGAUUAUUUUUCCCCAACAUCUUCAAUAGUUUAUUUAAGCAUUACUUUCGUUAUAAAUUUUAUUAUGGGGGUAUACUUGAACUCCCUAACUAGGAGGUUGACAUUCAUUUUUUUGUCCAUACUAUUUGAUGCAGCUUCAACUGAAUAGGAUUUCAAACUUGAUUACUUUUAAUUUAGUGCAUUUUAUCUUAAUUUAAUGCAUGAUUAUGUAUAACACUUAGAGUUUGUAUGGGUUACACAUGCAGAAUAUUUGUUAAUGCAUAAGUAAUACAUGUACAUACAUAUUUUGCGCAUUAUAUAAUAGAUAUGUACAUAUGUAUGUAUAUGUGCAUAUAAUUGCACAACCACACACAUGAGAGAGAGAGAGAGAGAGAGAAAGAUCCGCUAGGUUAUAAUGAGGUUUUAGGUAAACAAAGCUGUUAAAUAUGAUCAGCUGAAGUUGAAAUCAAGCCUGAAUUUUGGUUGAACUGAACAAGAAGUGUAAUUUUCUAUGAAUUCUAAUAUCAUUUUUUUUAAACUGAGAAUAGGGAAUAUAAAACUAGGCUCUAAAUGGGUUGUAGUAGAGAUUACAGAGGACAAUAAGCUACGAAAUUUUGAAAAGAGUGGACAGACUUGGGAGGUCAGGAAAAAGUCGAGGACUAGAGAUAAAGGGAUUUUGAAGAUGUUCGGAGGCUUUUCAUGAAUGGUCCUAAGGGCUUAGAGAGAGAUAACAUCGAGGUGGAGAGAGUACAGGCUAGGAAAAACCUGAAAGAGAUAGAAAAAGGAUGGUCAUUUGGCAGCAUUAAAGAACCUAGUCAUUGCACUUAGACUUGAAGUAUUUGCACCUUAAAAGCAUGGAACCACACGACGUAGAAAAGAGAUAAAACCCUCAUUUUAUUGCUUAAACUUUGAAGUGUAUUACGAUGGAGGAGUGUUUCUUAUAUCAGCAGCCAUCAUAGGCUCCUUUUAGUUUUACAGUACAACAUACAUAAAAGGUUUCCUUUUGAAGAAACAAGCAAUGGUUUAUGUGAAAAAGAAAUAAUAAAACUUUCUAUAGAAGACAAUUAAGGGCUCCUACAACGAAAAAAACAAAGUUAGCUGGUGGAUUCUGAAGGGACUUACACAAGAAAAGAAGAUUUUGAAGCAAGCAACUUACAUAUUUUGAAACCUUUUGAAAUAAAAUAUAUUGAGCAUUGAAUACAAACAAACUUUUCUAGGCAAAAGCCUAGUGGUUUAAGACUUUCCUAACUCAUGUCCAAAAUAGACUUAUAGACGAUAAUCUUACCUUAAUAAGGACUCAUAGCCCAUAAUAUAAUCCAUAAGCUCAGAUGAGAAUCAUCACAAUAUGAACUAAAAUUCUGCUAUUAAAAUAUGACCAAAUGUGAAAAGAAUGUAUUCAGUCAGUAUAAUGAUUCUUCAUAGGUAGGUAGGUACGUUGGAACUAGAUCAAUAUCAUUUCAGAGUUGUUCUUGGGAUACCAGUUGAGAUAUACCCAUAUCCAAACUGAAGACAAUCAGGAAUCCAGAUCCGGUUAUUCUGUGUCAGGUUUCUGGGUGCCUUGACACUACUAGCUGGAUACUGCAUAAUGGAAAUUUUGUUGCUUUCUGACAACUGUGUGGAAAAGGUGUGCUAAUUUUCAAUUGAAAACCAGGAUAUUGAUAUUAAGUACAUCAAAGAUUGCACGGUAGGUAAUGAGCUUGCUGACAAUGGAGCUGUGGGUGGACCAAUCACGUUAUUCAAUAUUUACCACCUAGCGUUUCCCAUCUGGUGGACUUACCAAUUGGGAAUAUUGCUUUGACUUAGCCCUGUUCUUAUAAUUAAACUCUUUUAUUAUUUUAUUGCAAGAAAGUUAUGCAUUCUAAGCUUCCAAUUUUAUUUGAAACAUGCUUUUCUUUUUGUUGAAUUGAAACUCAAAAAGGGAUGGAACAUUAUUGAUACUUUAAGUAUUCUAGGAAAUUCAUUCUUAUGGUUUCUAUUAUUUUUCUUAGGUGCCAUAUUCUUGAUGGUACUUGUGCAAUCAGAGGCAUGCUGAUAGAUAUCAAAGAAUACCUAUCUUUUGAGCAUGAGUAUCUGUUGAAAUAUGUAAUAAUUGAUUACAAUUAUCUAUGAUGUUGGUCUCUAACUUACCUUCUUUUGGACUAGUCACGUGUCAGGGACCUGCUUAUGAUCGUGGAUAGAAAUUGAUAUUAAUUUGAAUGUUCAUUUAAAACCAUAUAUUUAUCUUUUCUUUCUAAUAUAAAGUAAGAACUGGAACCUUGUCCGAUGCCUAAGUUGUAUUUGAUUCUACCAAAAAACAAAAGAACUUGUAUUUAAUUGAGAGCACUCCUAGCCAUGUUUCAAUUGGAAAAGGCAAAAGAAAUUUUUUCUCUGCCAUAU